AUGGGGUUAAGAAUGAUCCCAACAUGGAAGCGACUCUACAGGCAUGUUAGCAAACUUCUAGAACGUUCCACUCAUUCCAAAGGGGUGUCUCAUUUCACAAGAGAGCAGAGUGAGCUUCUCCAGCUGUUGUGUUAUGUACAGAGAAAGCUGCACCUCCAUGGCUACAGUGUACCUCUCCACCUCCACAGUAAAUGGACUCGGCUCUCCAACACAGCAUAUCUGAAAGGAUGUGAGUGCUACAUCAAGAAUCUUCCAACCAAAGCAGUUCGUUUGUGGCACUUGGCCAUUGCUGACCCCCUACCCCACCAGUCCCAAAAGAAACACCCAUCCCGACGGUUAUUCCAAGAGGAUGCUUGCACCUCCGGGACCCACCUCCGUUUUGAAUCCUCCAGUCUACCAGGAGACGUACCUGCCCAGGGUGAGGCCACAGCGUCAGGCGAUGCAGAUGAAGAGGAAGCAUCUCUUCGGGAUCAGAUCGUAGAAGCAUCCCUGCUUGCAAUACUUUAUACACACCUGGUCGAAGGUGAACUCCAGAGGGCGCUUGAGCUUGCGGACUUGCUCAUCACGUGUCAGAAUGUAGGGAGCGUGACGGCCCCUGAAAGGAAAGGGAGGAGACUGCCUGACCUACCACGUAAAGAUAUGCAGAAACUGCCACCUGCAUCUCCCAUUUCAACUCCAAUCUAUGUGCCUUACUUAGCCAACUCUUGCCAACAGAGGGCUGUACAGAGCCUUGCUCGUUUUAUGGCCCUUUACUUCACAAAUCGGCCACUCUAUGUCUUCCCACCAUGCUCAGCGAGCCCUCUUCCUCCACUUCAUAUCCAAUCAAAGACAGGAAUUACUGAAAGGCAAAUCCAGAUAACCCAUGAGUCUAUCACCUCCAGUGUCCGGCAGCAGGAGCUCUCGGACAAGUGGACAGUCAACAUGACAUUGAACCUGUUGCUGGUGUCUGGGCUGGUACCCGAGGCCGUCUGGCUUGCCCACGAGCUAGGGGACUGGAAGAGUGCCUUUGCGUUGUCAGCAAUCUAUUCAACACAGAUUCAGAGCCAGCUUGGAACAAAAGCUCCAAGCACGCUUGAUGAAUCCCUCAUCCUACCACCAAACCUCUCUCCCACCAAUCUCCUAAGGGAAGGGCUCAACUCCGUCCUCCAGACCCCUAUCCUGGACCCCCAGGCAUCCCCUACUCCAGGGAAGAAGGUCCAGAGAGCCGGAUCCUUCUCAGGGAGCCAGAGACGAGGUUCCUACGGCUCCCUCCUGGACUCACCGGCGAUGCCGAUUAGGAAGAGCUCAUCAGUGUGUUCUCUGGUAGAGGAGGACAAGCUAGCUCAGGUUCAGUUGAGCCAGACCUUGACUGACAUCCUGACAGCAGCCACCUUGAGCAGGCAGGACCCUAGCCACUGGCUCCUGGAGAGUAUGAUGGAAGAGUGCCUUGCCCUGGCCAAAGGCUUCACUUCGUUGGUCCCAGAAGAAUUUUACCUUCCUGCCCCACCGUACUACUGCCCACAACCUGAUUACAUUCCAAACGACUCUGAUCCUCCAGAAGUCCUUGAAGAAGAUGACAGGAGACGUGAGAUCAAUGACCUGGUGCAGCUGAUCCUACUGGUCCUCAAUGCUUCUCACUGCAGUCUGCCGUGUGCCAGAUGGUAUGUGGAGCAGUUAAGAGAGGUGCAGGAGAAGGAGAAAGCCUGGAAGCCCAAAGAAUCUUCAGUAGAGCUACCAGCUCAGCUUCAGGCCCACCUGUCCUACCCAGUGGACAUUCUCUCUGGCAUGGAUGAUCCUAACAACAACCUUGACAGCAAUGCCAAGGGAUCAGUCCUGAAGUGCUUCAGGGAUCUAUGCAGUCUCCUCUGGAUGCUGUAUGUGAGAGACAAGCUAUCUUUAGCUGUCCGCAAGUAUCAGACAAGCAAGGAGAGGUCAACCCAUGUUCAGCAAACUGCUGAUCUGAAGGAACAUGAGAAGACAGAGAAAUUACUGAAACCUGUCCUAGACUGGGCAGAGUGCCUCUACCCGUUCUCAAGAUUUCUUCAGCUGGAGAAUGAAGUCAAUGAUAUCCUCAUGACAGCAAUUGCUGAGCUCCCUCUCACCAAAGAGACGGUGUCAAUACUAGGCAGGCAUUUCUAUGACACACGCGAUCUCCCACCUUUCCUGGAGGAAAAAUUUGGACGACUCAAGGAGAAGCUGAGGCGUAAGAAGGUCCCUGCGGAUCAGAAGCAUAAGAAAAAGAAAGACAGCAAGGAAGUCCCUCAAGGUGAAACUACUCCUUUAGUCUUUGAGACAUUGAUGGCUCACUACAAGAAGCAGAGCAAAAAGAAGAUGCUGGAGCGGAACAUCCGUAAAUCUUCUUUCAGGAGUUUGGAUGACAGUGUCUUUGAGGCCGAUGGAGACAUAGAACCAAGAAACCGUAUUAUGUCCAAAGCAGAAGAUGAUUCUGUAUUUGAUACGACAACAGAGAGUAAUGGUGCCACUCCUCAGGAGAAUAAUGGAAGCCGUCUGAAUUCUGAGGAAGUGAGGCAGUUCCAAGUCGGUUCCAGGGAGUUUGAAGGUAGUUCUGCUUACCUUCACUUUCUGGAGACUUUCUUUUUGGUGACAUUUGGAAAGCAAGUUCAAGAAGAUGCAUUCAUGUCUCACACUGAGCUCCCCUUGAUUAGGUCUUUCCACAAACAGGUGUUUAAUACAGAAAUCAAAAAGAAUGCUGGUAGACAACAGAAAGUGAGUCUGCCAUCCUUGAACAUGAAUGAUCUGCAGUUUGGACAUCAAGCUUUAGAUGUUAGUGUGGAACAUAGUGAGAUGAAGUCAGUCCCAUCCAAAAUUCAUGGUCCAGGACUAUUCAAAACGCUAUUUGGUGGGCCUCUUGAAAGAGAAGAUGUCACAGAAAUACCCAGGUUACCACUUCAGCGUAGCAACAGUCAGACAAGUUUGUCUGGAUCUAUAAGUGAAAGCCCAAGAAGGCAAAGGGAAAGGCAAUCAUCAAGAAGUAGGAACACUGUCCAGCUGAAGAAAAAGAAAGAAGACUCCUGCUUUACGGGUAUCACUGUUGCCGAGGGAUUUAAAGUGAUCAGGCUGGGCUUUGGGAAGGAGUUUCAACAGCUUGCAAAGCUUGUGGAUUGGUUGAGCAAAUGGUCAGGAAGACAACCUUCUCAGGGAUUCCAGAAAUUGGACAACCCUGCAGAAGAGUCCAAGGCAGUCAUGCAAGUUAAACUUCCUCAGCAGCUGAUCCUAGUGAGCAUGUGGCUCCUGCAGCAGGUGUAUGCACCUGGUAUCUUGCAAGUUGAAGAAAGACAUGCUCAUGCAUCAUCAAAGGAUACAUCAACUCAUGGCAAAGUGCAAUUUACCUUUGCUGGUAAACGUAGUAAAAAGAAGGAUUCAGCGUUAUCAGGGAGACAUAGGCAUUCUGGAAGGCGAAAGAGAGUCUCUUCGGUCAGUAGACAAGAUAAGACAAAACUAACGGGUCAUGAGAAGGCUUCUCUAGAGGAUGAUCACCUUCUAGGGGAAGAAGUUGCACCAGUAGAUAUGUCAAGACCCAUCAGUGUUGGGAGUAUACCUGCAAUAGUUAUCGAGAAGUCGGGUUCUAGUGACAACCUUGUAGACUCUCUUCCAUUGGGUGCAUCAGUCAAUGCAAAUGACAAUCAUCCUCUAUUAGAGAGAUCCCCAAAUGAAGUUGGAAGUGAAUUCUUGGAUGACACUGGAGCAACCAGUUGCAGAGAGAUCACUCCAAAGGUUAAAGAGACUGCAAAGAAGCGUCGUCAGCUGCCUGUAGUAAGUGAGGAAAAGCGAAGGAAUUCUCCAAAUAUCAGCCAGUUACUCAAAGGAAAGAUGACAAUGUCUAUUACAAAAAAACCUAAAUCAAAAGCCAAAUCUAUUGAUGUAGAGGACAGAAAAUCAUCAAAGAAGCUUACUCAUAAAAAGAGAAGCAGCAGUGACCCUAGAAGGAUGAAUGAUGUCACUGAAUAUGAAAUGGCUGACUUCAGUCAUGAGAGGAAGAACAAUGCAAGUAAACCUGAUUCAUCUGAUGAUGUUUCCCAAACACGUCAAGACCAAAGUUAUCCAGGUUCUGUAGAAACUCCAAUUGUGGGCAAACUGCAGGCUGAUUCCAAGAACAACCUACCUAUGGCCAGUGAUGACACUCUGUUCUCUAAUCCGCACCCUGAUCUAUCAGACGGAGUAAAGGUGAGGAGACCUUCUGUGGAGAUCCUCAGGCGGAGUCCCAGUGGGGGUGGGAUCCUCAGCACCGAAGGCCACUUCUACCAGAGCUCUUCUAGCACCAGUUCUCCAGAUGUAAGUUCUCUUGAAGAUUCUGACGAGGACGAAGGUACCCUUGGUCAUCCCUGUUCGACCGGUGAGACACCCAGGGAGUCCAAGACGAAGAAUUCAAUGGAAGAAGAUGAGAAGAGUCAGAUGUCAUUGUCAGACAUGCAGGCUACGGCAACUACUGCUGGUGCUGGAAGAGGGAAAGGGAAGAAUGGAGAUAUCAAGAAGCUAGUUAGAUCUGAAGUCAAAAGGAUUAUGGAGGCACAGCACCAAUCCAUGAUGAGUAUGCUAGACACAGCAGGAACAUUAAUAUUGAACAAUCUAGAGCAAACAACUGAUGGACAACAUCAUGCUGACACAAAUGGUUCCAUGUCUUCAAAUGGAAAUGAGGGCCAUCAGAACAAAACUGAUCAAGAUUUACCAGCCCAGGCUAAACAACAAUCAUCAGCAUGCCCUUCAAAUGUAACAGAAGCAAAGAAAAGUCACAGUGUUGGAGAGGAUAGUUCUAGAGACCAAGGUUUAAGCACUCAUGAUGGUGAAGUUCAGGUUGAAACUUUUGCUGAUUCUGCUGCCCAGGCGAGUACAGGAACUAAUGGAGUUCCUCCUUUGAAGCUUGAGGACCUGGCUAGCUCUAGAGAACCCAGUAACCAUCACAGAGGAAGACCUCCAAUGUCUGCAAGAAGCAUUCCAGGAAUGAUUACAGGAUUUCCACUUCUUACCAUUCCAAAAGAUGAUGGUAGGGGUGGGCAGGGUGCUGUGGGCAUGGUAGGGGGGAGUGAGUAUGACUUGAUACCUACCAGGGAACGGGACAGUGCAAGAGGUCCCAGUCAUGACAGGAAGGACAUAGUUCUUUUGAAAGUGUUACCAGAAAGGACAGUUGCUUCCUCACCACCAAGGAGGGGUCCAGUCGAACCCCCUCAGUACAAGCAAUCUUUCACUUUUGAUAAUCGUACACCGCGUGGCCCACCGAACUGCCCCCAAGGAAUACCGCAGAAGGUGGUCAGUGUGAUGCCUCUGCUGAGGAUACCCCCAGAAACAGAUUACAAAUUUCCUGUCCCUCAAUAUUCCAAUGUCCCCUACUCACAAAUGAAUCAGCCCAAGAUGAUGCAUCAAGGUGACCAGACACAUGUGCCUCCAUACGCGAAUGGUCAUCAUGGCCCACCUGGGCAUACUCCACGUGAAGCAUGGGGGAAUCGACCGGCAGAAGGGGCAUAUUCGGUGAACCCUCUACAAGGGAAGAUUGAUAUCCCACUUUUGAGGAUUGACAGUGCCAAACCUACCAUGGCUGCACCUCAGCCGAUGCAACAUGCUCCUGUGCGAAGUCAAGUGCCAUCGAAACAAACUUCCCAAACAGAAAGAACUAGAAUCAACCUCCCACUUCUGCAUCUUAAAAACCCUGAGCCGCAACCUCUUCUCCAAGCGAACUUUAAAAGGCCUCUCCAGCCAAAGCUUCCAAUUGUUUCUCCAGAGGAGAUCCUUGCUUACCAACAGGAGAAAAGGAGGCUAGAGCUGGCAAGGGAGGAGGAAUUUAGGAAGCAAAAUGGAGGACAAAUGCAACUCUUGCAUCUGGAGCCAGAACAAACUACAGAUGUGCUUGCCACAACCUCUAGACAGAGAAGAAGAGAGAGAUUGGAGAGCAAAGAGAAUGAUUCCAGGACGGAACUCGAACCGGGACAAAAGAAUGCAAAAAUCAGGAAAUCGGCAAAUACCCAACCCAAACACUUCCGGAAAAGCAGGAAGUCUUCAAAGGUUGAUGAUGUGAUUUUGAAGGAAGUUUCAUUGGAUGAGGAGGAGGAAAUGGAGAGGGUGCCUCCCAUACCAUCUCCGAGAGGGAGGGUCGUCAUGGUGAUGCCAAAAGAAGAUGAGAGGGAGACUUCUAGACAGGAAGAGGUGGAAGAGGAGGCUAUGCAAGUGGGAUCAGAAAUCAAGAUGGAGACUGAUGUUACAGAAAGACCUAAUGUAACCACACACGAUGUAGAGACCCAAGUAUCUGCUGUCGGAGCUGGCUAUGCCAUAAAACCAGGAACGUAUGAUGAAGCACUUAGUGACCCUGAUGCCCGCCCUGUAUUGCCAACCUCUGCCCAAAUCCACUACGAGACUGUCAUGAAGCUUCAACAACCCCCUCCUGUGGUCGCAACCAGAGAGGCUGAGACACAGGUGAAGGAUGUGAGAGAAACAGGUACAUCAAUGGAAGGCAGAGAAAGCUUGGAUAUCAUACAGGAAAGACUUGCCAGAAGGAGGACUGAUCUAUCACAAGAAGCCAAGCCAACUAUUGAAGAAGUAGAAGAACAAUACACCCAAGCUGCGACAGGUCUUAACAAAGCUGGUAACAUCAUUGCGCCGGAUAUCUUCUUUGGACUUAGAUUCAGAUCAGAAGAAGAGCAGACAUCCAAUACAGCAAGACCUGAUACCGGUCAACCAGGCUCAUCGGUGCGAGAUUUCAUUCAUGUUGCUGAUAUUAAUGCUGAUGAUGUAUUCAGAGAUAUACCUCAACAUCCAGACUCCAAGGAUUUCAAAGGGAGGCGGAGAAGAGAGGAUGAGGACUACCAAUACCCUGAGAAAGAUGGCUCAACCAGAAGAUCACCCGGAGAGAAGGAAUCCAAGAGAAGGAGAGAAGAUGAUGUCAUGCAGGAGGAGGAGGAUCAGGCGACCAUAGCGGAGCUCCAUUAUAAUUCCCUCUUCCACCGGGAUGCGGUCCCUGCUGAUGGUCUCGCUCUCCUGGAGGAUGAUGGGGAUGAGAUGGACGGGGCAGAGAGGAGGAAGAGGAUCGGUGAUGAAGUGACGAGGAAACUUCUGGAGGCAAAACUAGAUAAAGCAGAGAGAGGAAUGAAGCUUGCUUCAGAAAUCAGCUCCUCUCGCAACCAAUCUAAGAAUCGUAUCCAGAAUCAAUUAGCCAACAUGAACGAGCGAUUGGGAGCUAUUGAUGAGGUUUCUCAAUCCAUGCAGAGAGAUUUCAACAAUACCAAACUGCUGCUUCAUACUGUGGAGAACCUAUCAGAAGCCAUGGCUCAACAACCGGGUGACACAAGACCAAGACCCGACUACUCCCUGAAAGACUACAGAGAACCCAAGACUGUUGCGGAAAGCCCAAAGGCACCUCUACUGUCAACGGAUGAUCGACCCGUUGAUGUGGAUGCUGAGAAGGAAGAGGAGAGAAAGAAGGAUGAAGAGGCAAAGGAAGAGGAGGAGGAUGUCAAGUUUGAAAUGGAGAAGCCGGUGGAACCAGAGGAAGAUGGAGAGGUGGAUGAGGAGGAAGAUGAUCAUGGUAACAAUGAAAGGACGUUGGUGACGGAAGGGAACCUGACCCUCGGAAUCUCAGGCAUCAGUGGGGUCAGUGACAUCAUCGCUGAGGUCAUCGCUGGGGACGACGUGGACGCUGAUGAGUUUGGACUCACCGAGCAGCAGAAGAGAGCAGCCAAGAAGCGUGUUCAGACUCGGCAUGACAGCUUCACUGAAGAAGACUUAGUUGACAUCCCCCUCACCAGCCUGACGGACAGACAGCUCCGACAGAUCUUCUCCCCUCGGUCGGCCACUUCCCCCGAGGAGAGGACCAAGCCCUGGCCCUUCGCUGCCAAGCCUGAAGGGCGCUCUGCUGAGGAGAGACAGAAGAUCAAAGAAUGGAUGGAGAGAAGGAGAGUUCAGCAGAUUGAGGAUUAUAAGAAGAAGAGAGGAGAGAAGAUAGAGAGGGAGCAUAGGCCGUUCAGACCCAAAGGGGACUCCUUAAAGCAGAUUCCAACAUCAACUAUAGAAAUCAAAAGGGCUGAGGUAGAGAAGAAGACAAAGAGGCAAAUCAAGUCUCAUGAUCACCAUGAGGACAGAAUAGCUCAGGCUAAGGACCUGAUGGCAGAGAUCUUUGAGGACACACCAAAUCUUCCCCCUAGACCCUUGAUAGAACCGCCGCGUAAAGACCGCUCUGACAAGCUGAGAAAGCAGGCAACAGCAGUGCGAGGUACAGCUACUCCAACAGCCAGACAGCCAUCAUCCAGAGCAGCCGCAGCGCCACAAUCGUCUACGAGAACUGCCGCAACACCACAACCCAGGACUGGUGCUGACUCCAGGAUGUCAGGAACCCGAGUGCUUGGCGAUAAAAGCAACGUGGUGAGGAACGAUGGACGAGGUCACCAAGGUGGAAGACCACUGCCCAAAGGAACCUAUAUGUUUGACAGUGAGGCCUAUCAAGGUCCUACUAAGGAAAGACGUGAUGAUUAUGACCACCACCGAGAGAGAGAUCAGACCGAGAAUAGGCAACAGGAGCAUCCUACGUUCAGGGGAAGCACUGACAGGAGACCUCCUCGAAGAUCUCUUCAGGCUAGCAUGGAGCGCUCUGUCCAGUUUGCGGAUCCCAGGCGAUCAAGCGAUGAAGACCUGCAGCUGGUUCUAGCAGAAAUGUCCGACUUGGUGACACCACGUAGUGAGGACAGCGACCAUGCAAGCAGCCAUCAUGAACUUGAGUCUGCAGCUGGGACGUACCAUAAGCCCAAGUCGUUCACUGAGGUUGUCCGGGUUCAGAGACCGGAGGUGACAAGGAAGAGGGAAGGAACUCCUAGGAAACCAAAGACGUAUACUGAUAUGCUGCAGGAGAUGAAGGCUGAAGUUAGUUCCAGCAGAGCUCCAUCGUCUGUCAAGUCAAAACAGCGGCUCUAUGGUACGAAAAGAUUGCCAGGAUGGAAUAAGAACAGAAAGCAGUACACAAAGACACCCAAGACAUACACAGAGAGGCUGGCAGAGAUGAGAGGCGCCCAAGGCACAGGGGGUCAGGCAACCAGAUUGGUCCAGAUGCCCAAACCCAAACCACGCCAACGGGAAAGACAAGGCACAGCUACCAUGACGAUUGGGCCUAGUAGACGUCAGCAGGUCGAGAGACGAGGAAUCACUCCUGAACCAGGACCAAGAUCUUCUACCCCGUACACUGCCAUGCUGGCUCAACUCAGCAACUCUGGAACUCUCAGGGGCAGAGAGCCUGUAGUGAGUCCUCGUAUGAAUCCUGGUAUGAAGGCUAAACCCAGAGCACAUGAACCAGUGCCUUAUGUAGAUAGACUCAAACAGAAUGCAGCAGAAGCAGCACCGACGACCAAACACAAGGCUGUCUACGGUACAAGACCGGUACCAACCGGAACAUACUACACCCGAAAGGCAGCACCUUUCCGAAGCCCCUCCCCGAGACACCAGCCAUAUGAGAUGGGUACGAGACAGGCAGGAAGGGGGGAGGAAGAGAUGUCUGAUGUGAGCGCGCUCAGUCCAUGGAGUGUUUCGGAUGACGUGAGGAGAUUGUUGGAGGAAGAUGAUGACCUUGAUGAGGGUCUACCAACGAUUACCGAGCCCCAGUACGAGAUGAGUGACCUAGGUGAACAGGACUAUGAUGGAGAUUACGCUGCCUCCGUUGAUGUCCGUGAACUGGAGGAGAUCGCAUCGAUUGGAAGCGGUAGCAUCAUGAGCAAUAUUGACUGGGAUGCUAUUGAUGAGAUGAUACAAACGGUCAAGUGAACAAGAUGAGUGAUGUCGGUGACAAGGGCUAUUCUCUGCUGCUGUGGAUGUCCGUGAACUAGAAGAGAUCGCAUCAGUUGGCAGUAGCAUCAUGAGCAAUAUUGACUGGGAUGCCAUUGAUGAGAUGGUACAAACGGUCAAAUGAACAGUGGUAAUUCAGUGCUUCUGUGUACACUGUAAACUGCACAAAUGCAAGCGGACACUCAAGUUCCAUACUGCCUUUUUUCCCUUUGUUUUACUCAUAGAUAAUGAAGAGACAAGACAUAAUUCACAGUGUUUAUGUGAGCCCUGUUGCAACUGAGAAUGUUCCAGCAAUGCAUUUUGUCACACCAACUCAUAUGUCCCAAAUUUUCUCAAACAUAGCAUCACAGCUCCCAGCGUAUGUAUUAUUAAUGUUGCAGUAAAUUUAUCAAUUAUAUUUUGUCGCAUUAGCCCAUGUAUAAUAAACUAAAUAUCACAGUUGCAGUGAUAUUUCUUCCAAAACUGUGAGGUCACAUAUGAGUUUAAGAUAUACCUUUUCGAUCAAAAUUUGUUCAGAUUUGGUGGUGGAACAACUUGAAGUUGAUGGUGAACCAAGCACGUGCAUGAUCAAUUGAUGCCGCUUCUGAGGUAUGGAUUCACGACCAAUUGCCUCAGUCUUCUUUCAAUUUUUUUUUAUCUGUGUAUCUACAUCUCAUACUCCAUCAAACAUGAGCUUGUAAGGUUGAGCUCUGUAUUUUCUUUAACAGUAUUCAAAAGAAUCCAAUGUGAAGUAAGGUCUUCUCGAUCGAUCUGAAUGCAAGUUUGUUUGGCCUCCUUGGAAAGCAAUAGACUUCAGAGUGCUACUCAGUGGACGAACCUGACCUCAUCGUCUGUCUGAAUAAGACUCUGCUACUUUUUCGUAGCUCUUAGCAGUUUCAGUUCUACUUCUGCCCGACAACCUAAUAGUAUUUGCUAGCUUAGGUAUCACAAAGGUAUCAGUGAACUGAUCAGUACUAGUCGUGCCUGCAAAGACCUCUCAUUUAUCUCCAGCCAUGCUGUUUUUCUAUGCAUUCUCCAGCCUCACCUUUGAGGCCGGUACU